AUGGCCGGCGGCGAUUCUUCUCCCGUGGCGGCGGCGGCUGCGGCGAGAAAGUGGGAGUGGGACCAAGAAGAGUAUCGGUGCGAGUCGCCGGAGUAUUCAUUGGACCCGCGAUACAGCGAGUACGACCCCAAGCAGGGUCGUUUCAUAUACGUCCGCUACUUCUUCAACGGCAAACUCGACCUGGACGAGGAGUCACCUGUUGGUCCCAUGCGACAUACUGGUAAAAUCUUCAAAGAGGGAUUCCGGCUCAAAAAUUCAGUCAAUGUUGUCUCCAUCAAGAUUGUUUCCUCUGACUAUGGCUACCCACUCUAUGUCUACGGUACCAUCAUAGCCAGGGACAGUCUGGAUCGAAAAUGUGUCUAUAUAUUCCGGCGCGACCAGGAUGAUUGCCAGCUCAUCACCUCAAAGGAUGAUUCAUUGAUUUUGACUGGACCCAAGAGAGGAUUCAUGGUAUGCGAUGAUAUAUUCUUCGAAAUCAAUCUGAAGGUGAAGGAUGUGCAUGGGAUGACUGUCGAUGAUGAUAGACUCAGUAAAGGCCUGAUGGAGGUGGAUGCUAUCCGCAGGCUGGAAUAUAGUCCCAGAUAUGUGGUUGAUACGGAAACACUUGUCAGCAUGCACAGCAUAUUAGAUUUAAACUAUACAUUCAUUAGGAGGUCGGUGGAGGGCACUGUUGAGAUCAAGAACCUUGAGGGACCUGAUGAAUUCCAUGGGAAGAUUGUUGCUUCCACUACCAGCAUUCCAUGCGACAUUGUGCUACAUGAUAGCAAAGUGAGUGGUGCGCUAACUGCGGGUGAAAAUGGAGUCCUACAAAUGGCGCGACGCGUAGUAGGAGUCUCUGUGGAUGAGGUGCUGGUGUUGACUGUUGCUGCUGCUGUCGGUGAUGAUGAGUUAUCUGCCCGCACUGUUCAGUUUACUCCAAGGCGCAAUGGUUACGAUGAUGAGAGUAUCACCUGCGGGGACUACAAGAUGCUUCUGAAGAGUCUGGAUAUCUCGGAAGAAAAUGUACUAUUCUACAAAAUUCUUGGUUUGAUCAAUGGGCAAAGCAAUAUGAACUCCAGAGCAACAAGACUUGCUAUCUUCAGGAGGUGUUUCAGGCUUUCAGCGAAUAAGAACAUAACACACAUGGAUCUCUUUAACAGCUAG